AUGGCAGACAAUGACGAUCAAAGAGAAUGGCAUACUGUGGAACAUAGUCUCACACAAUUUACAGUACCUAAACGUUAUCAAAACCUCAGUCCCUUCGAAUAUAAUAGUCACGACAUUGUUACAUAUGCUACUGACACUAAUACCGGUAAAAAAGUAACCAUUAGAAAGAUAUUGAAACCAUUCGACAGUGUUGCAAGAGCACAUCGAACCUAUCGAGAAUUGAAACUACGCAUUCAUCUCAAUCAUUUCGAUGCACAGGUUGCACAAUUAUAUGAUGUAUUUACACCUGAGAAAGACCUCAACAACUUUGAAACCUUAUAUUUAGUAGAGAAUUAUGUCGAAUAUGAUUUAAAAAGAGUUAUCUACAGCAACGUUGUCGUUACUGAAGAUCAUAUUAAAAUGGUCAUCUAUUGUCUUCUUCGUGGUUUGAAAUUCAUUCAUUCUGCUGGAAUCAUUCAUAGUAGAAUAAUCUCAUCUAAUAUUGGUAUCGACAAAGAUUCAAAUGUCUCAAUUUUUGGUUGGGAUUCUGCCGCUACAGCCCAUAUUCGUAGGAAAUAUGAUGAACACUGGCUAUACAACGAGAGCGAUAUAUAUCGGCGAUGGUAUGCACCAGAAAUGAUCAUCAAUCCGGAGCAUUGCAAUGAAAAAGUUGAUAUAUGGUCUGUCGGUUGUAUUAUGGCUGAGUUAAUUGUUCGACAGCCACUUUUUCCUGGUACAAGUCAAUCUGAUCAAUUGACAAAAAUUUUUGAUAUUACUGGAACACCUGAUUCAAAAACGUUAGACGAGAUGAAUAUGCCUUCAGUUGUACGUCAAUACUGUGAAACAUUAUCUCGCAAAUCAAAGCAAGAUUACGAAAAACUAUUUGGCUAUAAGUAUAAUCAAGGCAGUGAAACACCAGUUUCCGGUGUUUCUUCACAAGGUGUUACCUUACUUGAUCGUUUACUUUUGUUGAAUCAUUGCAUGCGUCCGACUGCUGAAGAAUUGCUAAAUGAUCCUUACUUUGAAAUGUACCAUGAUCCAAUCGAUGAGCCGUCUUCGGAACUUUUCAUCGAUGAAUAUCAAGAUGCGACAUAUUCAACUGAGAAAUGGAAAUCUAUCACUUGGAAUAUGGUCAAAGGAUUUGUACCACCUCCAUGGACCAAUGAGAACAUUAUCGAUAAAUCGUAA